AAAAGUGAAGGGAAUAGAGCUGUUGUUUUCUUGCAUUCCUUGCUGUCUUGGUGUGUGACAACAUUUGUGUUCAGGCUCACGUCUCUAGCUUGAUUUGGCACUAGGACCAGCAUAGGACCAUCAAUGAAUGUCUAUUCAACUUGCUUUGACUAAUGUGGAUCUAGCUGUACCUUGAUUUGUUUUGUUUGCAGCCACCUAUAGCUCCACAAAUUAUCUACUACAUCACGGGGUUGUGCUUGUGUAACCAUUUGUGUUGUUCUUGCUGGCUGCCGACACCUCCUACCUUGCUUGGUAAGGACAUGUAAGAACUUGAAUGGACAAGUGUGAGUGAACAUAUAGUGUGCCACCACCUAUUUCCUUUAGUUGGUAGGCAACUUCUUGUGACUUUGUUUGCUGCAAGCUAACCAUGGCAGGUGCAGGGAGUGAGGAUGAGGAUGGUGGAGGCCUGCUUACACCUCGCACCAAAGGCAUCGUACAGCAUUUUCAAAAGCAAGUGAGGGAGUACACCUUGGGAAUUGAUAAUGAUUUGCAGGUGAUAAAUGAGAAGAUUGGGCAAAUGGAGGCCGCACAGAUUUCCAACAACACCAAGCUUGCAGGUUUGGAGACGACGGUUGCUCGCAUGGACAAGAGUCUCGCUGCUCUUCUAAGGCGCUUUGAUGAGCUCCACGUGAAGAUGAAUGAUCAGCAUAGAGGACGUGGCCAAGAGGAUGACGACGGCGCAGAAAAUUCAGGUGCUGAUUAUGCUGCUGACACCGAAGUUGAGGAUCAAGCCCAGCGACGUCUACGUCGUAACCGUCGAGGUAUGGGUGGACAACGUCCACAUGAGGUACAUAACAAUGACAUUGCUUUUAGUAAGAUAAAAUUUAAGAUACCCUCUUUUGAUGGUAAAUAUGAUCCGGAUGCUUAUCUUACUUGGGAGAUGGCUGUUGAACAAAAGUUUACUUGUCAUGAUUUUCCUGAAAAUGCAUGUGUUAGGGCUGCAACUAGUGAAUUCACUGAUUUUGCUUCCGUUUGGUGGAUAGAACAUGGCAAGAAAAAUCCUAAUAACAUGCCACAAACUUGGGAUGCUUUGAAACGGAUCAUGAGGGCUAGAUUUGUUCCAUCUUACUAUGCACGUGAUCUUUUAAACCAGCUGCAGCAGUUAAAACAAGGUACUAAAAGUGUAGAAGAAUACUAUCAAGAGCUGCAAAUGGGCAUGCUACGCUGCAAUUUAGAGGAGGAUGUGGAACCUGCUAUGGCUAGAUUUUUGGGCGGGUUAAACCGGGAAAUUCAGGACAUCCUUGCUUAUAAAGAGUACACUAACAUAACCCGUUUGUUCCAUCUUGCUUGCAAAGCUGAAAGGGAAGUGCAGGGACGACGUGCAAGUACCAGGACUAACAUUUCUGCAGGGAGGAAUUUUUCCACGCAGCCCCGCUCAAGCAUUCCAUCAACUGGACGUGUUGCUGCACCUUAUUCAUCGUCAGCUCGAACAGCAGCCCCACCUUCUAGCGACAAGCCUCGUGACAACCCUGCAAAUUCAGCAGCAAAGACAACGCAAAAACCUGCUGCAACCACUUCAUCGGUGGCAUCCACAGGUAGAACAAGAGAUGUUCAGUGCCACCGCUGCAAGGGAUUUGGACAUGUCAUGCGUGACUGCCCAAGCAAGCGUGUUUUGGUGGUAAAAAAUGAUGGUGAGUACUCAUCUGCUAGUGAACUUGAUGAAGAUAUACUUGCAUUGCUUGCGGCUGACCAUGCAGGAAGUGAGGGCUGCUCGGAAGAACAUAUUAAUGCAGCUGAAGCCGACCGCUAUGAGAGCCUAAUUGUGCAGCGUGUGCUGAGCGCACAAAUGGAGAAAGCGGAGCAAAAUCAGCGGCACACAUUGUUCCAAACAAAGUGUGUCAUCAAAGAGCGUUCGUGUCGAGUGAUCAUCGAUGGAGGUAGCUGCAACAACUUGGCCAGCAGCGACAUGGUGGGGAAGCUUGCGCUUACCACCCAACCACACCCGCAUCCAUAUUGCAUUCAAUGGCUGAAUAACACCGGUAAGGCAAAGGUAACAAAACUUGUGCGAAUUAAUCUUGCCAUCGGAUCCUAUAAAGAUGUUGUUGAAUGUGAUGUUGUGCCAAUGCAAGCAUGUAGUAUUUUGCUAGGAAGGCCAUGGCAAUUUGAUAAAGAUUCUAUGCAUCAUGGUAGAUCAAAUCAGUAUUCCUUCCAACACCAUGAUAAAAGGAUUGUGUUGCAUCCAAUGUCUCCUGAAGCAAUUUUAAAAGAUGAACUUACUAGAGCUAGUAAAAUGAAGAAUCAGGAACAGGCUAAAAGUGAAAAUCAGAUUGUGGCAAACGAACUUGAGAAGCACAAAAAGAGAAGUGCCAAAUCUGUUCAUGAUAACAGAAAUGAGAUCAAGCUGAAAGGGGCAUGUUUCAUUGCUACUAAAUCUGAUUUGGAUGAGAUUGAUACUACCACUGCUGUUUGCUAUGCCUUGAUUUGCAAACAAACCUUGUUUUCACUUCAGGACAUACCUCUUUCCUUGCCCCCUGUUGUCACUAAACUUUUGCAGGAGUAUGCGGGUGUUUUUCCAAAGGAGGUGCCACCGGGGCUGCCACCAAUUCGUGGGAUUGAGCACCAGAUUGACCUUAUUCCCGGGGCCUCCUUGCCCAAUCGUGCACCAUACAGGACCAACCCUGAAGAAACUAAAGAAAUUCAGCGCCAAGUGCAAGAAUUGCUCGACAAAGGUUACGUGCGUGAGUCCCUGAGCCCCUGCGCUGUUCCUAUCCUUUUGGUUCCUAAGAAAGAUGGAUCUUGGCGCAUGUGUAGAUUGCCGAGCGAUUAA